AUGGCAUCUAGACUUAAAUACCUCCUGGUUUUCGACUUUGAUGAAACCAUUGUCAAUGAGAACAGUGACGACUCAGUGGUUCAGGUGGCACCCGAAGAAGAGCUACCUGACUGGUUGCGUGAGACUUUCCAAGAGGGCUUUUACAACCAGUAUAUGCAGAGGGUGUUUAAGUACCUUGGAGAUAAAGGUGUGAAGUUGACUGACCUCAAAGCAGUGUACGAGAAGAUCCCUCUUUCUCCUGGAAUGCCUACCCUCUUUAGAUUCCUGCUCAAGAACCAAGAUCGAUUUGAGAUUAUCUUAAUUUCAGAUGCCAACAUGUUUGGGAUUGAGAGCAAUCUGAAAAGCAAUGGCUAUAAUUCUCUCUUCCGGAGGGUCAUUAGCAACCCUACUACGAUGGAGAAGAGUGGAUACUUGACUCUAGGACCAUAUCACACCCAUUCUUGCCCCCAGUGUCCAGCAAACAUGUGCAAGAGGAAGAUCUUGACUGAAUACCUCACUGAAAGGGCUCAAGAAGGAGUCAAGUUUGAAAGUCUGUUGUACGUUGGAGAUGGAGCCAAUGAUUUCUGCCCAUCCGUCAUCUUCACAUCCACAGACGUCACUUUCCCUCGAAAGAGUUAUCCCAUGCACAAGUUGAUACGAAAAAUGGAAGAAAAGCAGAAAGGAUCCUUUAAAGCUAAAGUAGUCCCUUGGGAAUCUGCUGAUGUGGUUGCACAGUAUCUCCAAGCUCUUUUGAACAAGUUCUAA